AUGGCUACCUCAACCAAGUCCAAUCUUGAGGGGAAGAUGGAUAACUUUGUCAUCGGUCUUAUUGGUAUGGGUGACAUGGGCAAGAUGUAUGCCCGCAGGCUCGGCGAUGCUGGAUGGAGAGUGAACGCCUGCGACAGGGAGGAUAAAUAUGAAGCCUUGCGUGAAGAGUUUGCAGAUAGAAAACAAAUUACAAUUCUUCUCAAUGGCCAUCUCGUUUCCAGAGCAAGUGAUUACAUCAUCUACAAUGUCGAAGCCGCCUCGAUUGGUAUUGUUGUUGCUGAAUAUGGUCCCUCCACGAAGCAAGGUGCGAUAGUUGGAGGACAAACCUCUUGCAAGGCUCCCGAGAUAGCGGCUUUUGAGAAGUAUUUACCUGCUGAUGUUGACAUCGUAUCUUGCCAUUCCCUUCAUGGCCCCAACGUUGAUCCCCGAGAUCAACCACUUGUUCUUAUCAAACAUCGUGCCUCCGAAGAAAGCUUCGACAAAGUCGAGCACGUUCUUUCAAGCCUUGGCUCUAAACGACAUAUUCUUUCAGCAUCUGAACACGACCGCAUCACAGCAGAUACCCAAGCCGUGACCCAUGCAGCCUUCUUAUCCAUGGGUAAAGCCUGGCACGCCAACCUACAAUUUCCUUGGGAGAUAAACCGCUACGUUGGUGGUAUUGAAAAUGUCAAAAUCAAUCUCACCCUUCGCAUCUAUUCUCAAAAAUGGCACGUCUACGCUGGUCUCGCCAUCUUGAACCCCUACGCCAAAGAACAGAUUAGAGAGUACGCUCAAAGCGUCACAGAUCUAUAUAAGUUGAUGCUUGGCGGACACAGAAGAGAGCUAGAGGAAAGAAUCAAGAGUGCUGGACGUUUUGUCUUUGCUGGAAGAAAAGAGUCCGAUGAAUUGCUCCUGCGAGACGAAGUACUCGACCGCUUCUCCCUAGGCAAAAAGCCCGAGAAACCCACUCCAAAUAACCAUCUCUCUCUUCUCGCUAUCGUCGAUUGUUGGGCCCGCCUCAAUAUCAUCCCCUACGAUCAUAUGAUCUGUAGCACGCCUCUAUUCCGUCUUUGGCUGGGUGUCUCCGAAUACCUCUUCCGAAACGAGAAACUGUUAGAUGAGGUUAUCAACACCGCUAUUGACGACAAUACAUUCCGUUCUGACGAUCUAGAGUUUACAUUUGCGGCUAGAGGAUGGAGCGAGUGUGUAGAGUUUGGAGAUUUUGAGAGCUGGAAGGAUAGGUUUGAGAAGACGCAGAUGUUCUUCGCGCCCAGAUUUCCAGAGGCAACGAGGGUGGGCAAUGAGAUGAUGAAGACUAUUUUGGCGAAUAUCAAGCAUUAG